AUAGACGGCGGUUGCCUAUCGGCCGGCGAAGCAAGAGCCUUUGCUUCACUAAAAAAAUAUUACAAAUUAAAGAUACAAGCGAUAUAGAUAGGCAAAGAAGGAGAAGACACUGUCCAAGGAACAAGUGAAACUGGGUCAAGACCAUGCUCAUGCAACUGGCCAAAUUACCUGUAAUAUUAUAGGCCAAAUCAUCGGCAGAAGUUGAGGAGGAGGCUUAUAAAUUAUGGAGCUACGCGAAUUGCGCGGUGGAAAUGGAGGAAAUGGAGGAGGAGCAGGUGCACCUGGAACACCAGGAUCUUCUGGAAAUGGAGCCCCCAGUCCCGAGCUCGGUGGAAUUUGCAUUGGAGGCGCCGCCGGUGGACAACGAAUGCCCACCAAGGCGGAUAUAUUCAUGGAGCAACUGAAUGUGACCAAUGCCAAAAAGGUGGCCCUACUCCUGGUCCUCGGAUUCAUCGUAUACCACGGCCUGCUCAACUGGAACUACGGGAGUGACUCCUGCCAGUGGCUGCUGUCCAAGGGCCGUUUCAAGGGCGACAACGAGUGGCAGCCGUACGGUUGCAUGGUGCACAAGUACUCCCUCACCGAUACUAGGCGCUGUCUGCGUUACCUCGCCUUCUUUGACAACAAGAACAAUUUUGUUUUCAUUGGCGACGAGAGUAUUCGGCUGCUCUACGAGCGAUUUGUGGAGCAACUGCGUCUGCCAUUGGCCGCGGAUGAGGUGCCCGAUGAGGAGGAUAACAACGCCUCGGUGGCGGAUGGCUCUGCCCGCUUCGAGGACAAGAAACUGCACAUGCUGGCCCAGUACAUUCGGGCGGAGGAGGUGAGUCCAACGCUGGUGGAACAUCUGUACCGUCUGGAGGCCGAAAAGCAGUUGUCCUCCGUGUAUGUGGUGGGUCUCACCUAUGCCGGCUUGCUCGCCGGCAACACCACCGACGAUGUGCUGCGGCAAUACGCCGCCAAUCUCACCCUGCUGGUGGCUCCUUUCCAUCGCCUGGUGGCGCAAACGUCACGGGUCCUCUGGAAGCUAGCCGAUCGCGUGGACGAGGAGAAAUUGCCUUCGAAUUGGAAGCUACUGCAGAACGAACACAUCGAUCGACUAAACCAUGUGGCCAGGGGUGUUUUCCGUUACACGGAGGCAAGCGUUUGGGAAUCCGCCUGGCACAUAGCCAAUGGCCUGCUGGACAACGCCGUGGAUGGCCAUCAACUGUGCGCCCAUGGCCAGCGGCUGGAGGUUCAGCUACUGUGGAACAUGUACUGCAAUGACUAUAUGAACUACAAUGAUGGCACCUGCUGCAGCAGCUCCGAACCGCACACCACGCUGCAAAUAGUGGCAUAUGCCCUCUUUGGCGUCUGCAUGACCCUCGUGUGCGGCAUGUGCCUGCGCAGAUGGCUGCUCCACCUGCGUGGUCAGACUUUGUAUGUGCCAUUGCAGCAGCAGCAGCAGCACCAGCAGCAAUCUCAUGAGGGCGCCAGAGGAGGAGCACCUAGUAAUGCCUUAUCCGCCCUGAUAACCGACUAUGGCACACCUAUGGUGGCGCUAUCACUGCUUGGCCUUAUUCUGGCCUAUUUCUACCUCUGCGAUCGCACCAACUUCUUUAUGAAGGAAAACAAAUACUACUCGGAGUUCAGCUUCUGGAUACCCGUGGGCUACGUCUUCGCGUUGGGUCUGUUCUUCACGGAGGACUCGCGGUUCACCAAAGUGCUGAAUCGAGAUCAAACGGACGAGCUGCGUGGCUGGAUACUGCUGGUGGUGCUAAUAUACUAUAUGACCGGAGCACAGCGAGUGCUGCCCAUUCACAUGCACAUCAAGCUGCUGAUCUCCGGCUAUUUCUUUCUCACCGGCUACACGCACUUCACGCACCUGUGGCAGACGGGCGGCAAUGGAUCCCUGUUUGUGCGGUUCUUCCAGGCCAUGUUCCGCGCGAACUUCCUCAGUGUGCUGCUGUGCUUCUGCAUGAACCGGCCGUAUCAGUUCUACUACUUUGUGCCACUACUCUCAUUCUGGCUGUGCGUUGUCUACUUUGUGCUGGCGUUGCCGCCACGCAUUUCCUCCGCCUCGGUGGACGCCAACCCGCUGCACUAUCUGUAUUUGGUGUGCAAGUGCAUUGGCUGUCUGGGCGGCAUCACGGUGCUCUUCAUGUCGGAGGUGUUUUUCGAGCGGAUCUUCGUGACGCGUCCGUGGAAAGCACUGUUCGUGACGACGGACGAUGACCUGCACGAGUGGUGGCAUCAGUGGAAACUGGACCGGUAUACUGUGGCCUUUGGCAUGAUAUAUGCCGCCUGUUUCCACAUCGCGCAAAAGUACAAUGUGUUCGAUGACAACAACCAUGGGAAUCUGUUUUCGAGGAGAACCUCCAUAUCGGUGACCCUGCUGGCACUGCUGGGCGUUGGUGUGUACACCUCGUUCUCGUUCCUCUGCCGCAACGUGCAGAACUGCGAGGAGAUCCACUCGUACAUCCUGUUCAUCCCGAUCGUCGGCUAUGUGGUCCUCAGGAACAUCUCGGGCAUCCUGCGCACUCGGUACUCGGCGUUCUUCGCAUGGUUUGGCCGCAUCUCGCUGGAGCUAUUCGUCUGCCAGUAUCACAUUUGGCUGGCUGCCGAUCGACACGGUGUUUUGGUCCUGCUGCCCGGCUUUCCCACGCUCAACAUGAUCAUCACGUCGUUCAUCUUUGUGUGCGCCUCGCACGAGGUGCACCGCCUCACCCAAAUCCUGCUGCCGUAUGCCGUGCCCAGCGACUGGCGUCUGGUCAUGCGCAACUUCGUCAUAUUUCUCAUCGUACUCAUACCCGUUGCCCGCUCGGACGGCAUGUUCUGAUCCGGUCCUGAGCGAUCCGCAAUCCAAUUGCCGCCCAGGUAGUGACCCCAAAGUAUUCGAUAGAUAGCAGCCCAUUCGGCUUGAAUAAAUAAGUGCGAACACAAGUGUGCAACUCAGGGUGGAUCGGUUUUUAUGCAAGCCCAAAGUUUUUAAAUCCUUUUGCAAUAUCUCCAUUCUUUCUAAAAGAUAUUAUAACAUUAAGACCAUAGUUCUAAUAUUUGCAUUCAUUUUUCGCAAAGAAAACCACAUGUUGAUGCAAACAUCUUGCAGUUCUUUUUAAAUUAUACACCCUAAUAUAAUUGUUUUUCUUAACACGUCCAUAGAGCAAUAUAUCUAGACAAGACAAUUGUUACAUUUGUUACUGUUAGUUAAUUUUGUUUAUUAAUUGUUUACUUUUCAUUACCAAAUACUCUAUCUGCAUCUAAUAAAAUCGAACCGCCCUAGCUUGUAUAGUGCGUAUCAUAGCUAUAAGAAGAUAUUUGUAACUAAGUCUCGAAACGAGAACUAAAACUUAAUUUAAUCAAUAUUGCCAUUUGCUAUAGCGCAUUUGCUAACGGAUCCUAAUCCUUACAUAAUUUAAUUUAUACAUUCAAAUUUAAUAAGAACUUAAAAGUUUUACUAAUAUGUAUUUAAAAAAAAUUCAAAUCUGCCCUAGUUCAUUGACCUUACUCGAGACUUAGGUACCUCAAUUCGAUUUAAUUUAUAAGAUGAUAGCUCCCGAAUAUUCUUUGUAUUUUUGUUAGGCAACUUUGUUAAGGGAAACAUGGCCUUAACUUAACCGCUCAACAUUCUUAUGGUUCUGAAACGCACUGUAUGCACACAUUAAACUAUAAAUAUACAAACACUACACAUAUAAAUAAAUAUAUAGGGUUAACUUAGCUUUAAUCAAAUUUUGCACAAAUUACUUAACAACUCACCCAAACACACUCACUCAAACUCAAGCAGCGGCAAACCAAAUGUAUGUAUAAAGCAAGAGAAUAAAGCAAUGGAUAUAUACUUA